GAUGUUCCUACGGGAUACGAACUUACGCGGGCGAAACCGCGGGGCGCAGCUAGCUAAUAUAGUUUUCUUAACCUAUACAUAAUGUUAUAGGAGUAGAGGCGGUUGCGAUCCAUGGUGGCAAGGAUCAAGAGGAGAGAUCGCGAGCCGUGGAAGCGUUCAGGAGAGGAGAGAAGGAUGUCCUGGUCGCCACCGACGUAGCCAGUAAAGGUCUCGACUUCCAGAACAUCCAGCACGUGAUCAACUACGACAUGCCGGAGGACAUAGAGAACUACGUGCACCGCAUCGGGCGGACGGGCCGCGCGGGCACCGCCGGCGUCGCCACCACGCUGCUCGGCCGCCAGCAGGACGACAGCGUGCUGCGCGACCUGGCGCACCUGCUGCGGGAGGCGGGGCAGAAGGUCCCGUCAUUCCUGAUCGAGAUGUUGGGCGAGGCGGACGUGCCGGCGCCGGACGGGCAGGGCUGCUCGUACUGCGGCGGGCUGGGACAUAGGAUCACUGAAUGUCCAAAAUUGGAAGCGGUUCAGAACAAACAGGCUUCGAAUAUCGGCAGACGAGAUUACUUGGCGAAUACCGCGGCUGAUUAUUAGUUUUAAUUUUAUCGAAGGACCAAUUUUAAUAACCUGUCUCACUCGAACUUGUGGUUACUCUGUAUGUUAGAAAGGGAUGGUUAUAGAUAGCACGACUCUAUAAAAAAUCUUCUAUAUAGACCAAUAUUAAUAGUUUUAAAAACGUUUUCAAAGGAACAAAUUGAAUUAGCUGUCUCGGUCGAGAGCUUGGAUUCUGUGUAUGUUAGAAAGGGAUGGUUAUAGAUAGCGCAAAUACAGGCAUGUUUCUCUCCAAAUAUGAAAGAAAAUAAUAUUAAUUUUAUCAUUCCCAACAAAUUACACAGACAAAUGCCAUAAGGGUAAUUAGUAUAGGAAUUUUACACUAAGAAUAAAUUGUAAAUAUAUUUAAAUAUAAGCUAUGUGAAUAAAUAUUGAACUUUAUAUAGACUUCUUGUUGUCCUAUACUAUAUCUGUACUAAUAUUAUAAAAAGACACUUUUGUAUGUUUGUAACGUUUUCACUCAAAAACUGCUGGAACAAAUUAAAAAAUUUAAACACGAUUAGCAAGCUACAUCUUCACUAAGUGACAUAGACUAGAUAUGUACCACGGGCGAACAGCUAUUUGAUGAACCAAUCACUAUUAAGACUAGUGAAUUAUGUAUGAUUGAUAUACUAUUUCAAUUACGAUAAAUGACUACCCAGGCGGAGCCGGGGCGUGCAGUA